CGUGACACAGCUCAGAGUGACGCAUCCUCCCAUCAGCUGUUUUUGUUUUGCCUUGUGAAUAUUGAAAGUUAAUAAGACAAUAAUAACACAGUCGACUGACUGAAGUGAAACGGCUCUUUGGGGCUGUGUUAUCGUCCAUCUUCCGUGUCGUUCAGAUUCGGGCCGGUCUGCUCGGUGUGUGAUGUCUGCCACCUGAGCCAGCCCGCCCGGACAUUCCUCUCCCCCGAAGAGUGUGAGCGUGGCGCUUGGAGGGGAGCAGAGGAGGGGAAGCGGGGAUCGACCCGAGCCUAAGGCCUCCGACCUCGGCCAGCGAGAGGAGCGCGAAUUCGGCGGGUCGGAUGGAGUCCCAGGACGCACCGGACGGCCCCGCAGAGGACCGAGGCUUCAUCUGUGCUUCUUUUAACCAGGACACCACUUCUCUGUCAGUGGGCACCAAGGCUGGCUACCAGCUGUUUUCAGUCACUGCUGUGGAUAAGCUGGACUGCAUCCACGAAGGAGCACCCAGCUGUAUCCAGGGUCUUCCUCUUGUCCCUCUUCCAGUUGAAGGUCCGGAUGUGUAUAUUGUGGAGCGGCUGUUUUCCAGCAGCCUGGUGGUGGUGGUCAGUCUGUCCAUGCCACGGCGAAUGAACGUGUACCACUUCAAGAAGGGUACAGAGAUUUGUAACUACAGCUACUCCAACAACAUCCUGUCCGUCAGGCUCAACAGACAGCGGCUGGUGGUGUGCCUGGAGGAGUCGAUCUACAUCCACAAUAUCAAAGACAUGAAACUACUCAAGACCCUGCUCAACACACCCAUCAACCUCUCAGGUCUCUGUGCUCUGUCCGUCAACCACGGUAACUCCUACCUGGCGUACCCUGGCAGUGCCACCAUCGGAGAGAUCACAAUCUACGACGCCAACAACCUGAGCACCGUGACGCUGAUUCAGGCCCACGACAGUCCCCUGGCGGCCCUCACCUUCAACGCCUCCGGCACCAAACUGGCCAGCGCUUCAGAGAAGGGUACUGUUAUCAGAGUCUUCAGCAUUCCUGAAGGACAGAGACUGUUUGAAUUUCGGCGAGGGAUGAAGAGGUAUGUUAGUAUCAGUUCAUUGUCCUUCAGUGCUGAUGCCCAGUUCCUGUGUGCAUCCAGCAACACUGAGACGGUCCAUAUCUUUAAACUGGAGCAGCACAGCCCCAGCAGUCAAGACGAGGAGUCUCCUACAUGGUCAGCGUACGUCGGUAAAAUGUUCACAGCAGCCAGCACUUAUCUGCCCACCCAGGUGUCCGACAUGAUGCACCAGGACCGAGCCUUUGCGACUGUACGACUCAACAUGUUUGGCCUGAAGAACAUCUGCGCCCUGGCGACGAUUCAAAAGCUCCCUCGCCUUCUGGUGGCAUCAUCAGACGGAUAUCUCUACAUCUAUAAUGUGGAUCCACAGGAUGGAGGCGAAUGUGUCCUUGUACAAAAACACAGGCUGUUUGACUCCGGCGAGGAGCAGGUGGAAGAGAAGGAAGAGGAGAAUCCAGAGGAUGUUUCCCCCCAACCAGCUAGCCAAUCGUACGCUGCCACUGUGGCACUCCCUUCAACCCCACCCUCCUCCACCACUCUCAUGGGUUACUCUGAAGAUGGUGGAGCCCAGAAGGGCGAGGUAAUCCCAGAGCAUGAAUUCGCCGAGAGCCCCGUCUGCCUGGAUGACGAGAACGAGUUUCCCCCAGUCGGCAACUGACCAAGCCUCCCCCGUCACCCCCCACAACGAACCCUCCCCUCCCUCCGAACAAUCAGACUCACUUGUUUGGAGCAGGGAUGAUGGAAAAAAUAUAUAUUCCUGACGUGUUGAGACAUUCUGUCACCCCCACCCUCCCACAUGUACCUCUGCUGGCCUUGGGUCAAAAUGUGCCAGAGUGCUGUGUUUCUGUUUUCUGCUUCCCUCUUACUUUUUUGUAAGGAAUUUAAAAAAAACAAAAACACUAAAACAGCUUAAAAUACAACAACAAAAACAGGUUCAGAAUAUUUGAAGCUUUUUGCUCAGACAGAUUCAAAGCCUAUCUGUAGAGUCCCACUGUCAACUCCCAUAUUAUGCCAUAAAAUAACAGUUAAUAAUGUCCUGACAUCACAGUGACAUUAUUGUUGCACAACAGUUUCAUGUUAGCAAUUAGAUAGGCAUGUGAUUUGGUCCAGCAGAGUGUAGGUGAGCAGACUGAAUAUACCAAGGUAUUAAGAGGAGACAACAAGCAGGGCGGUAACUAAGCACCAGAUUCACAAAAAUGCUUUUAAGAGAGAUACUGAAGUUGCCUGAGAAGUAAUUUUAGCUGCUUCAUAAAAGCCAAGUGCUCUCCGCAAUAAUAUAAAAAGCUGUCUAAUCUUUUGAGUACAUUUUAUUUUCUGACAAAUCUUUGGAUCUAAAUAUUUAUCAUCUGGGCAUUUUUUGUCAAUCAGGCACCGGGACGUUUGGAGCUUAUCAAUGGGCGUUAAAUGUGUCACAUCUCAAAGAGAGAGGGGCCGAGAAGGAAAAGAUGCUGUAAACGUGAAACACUAUUUAAACCCUGAUACAUGCACUAAGUAUUAUAUGACAUGCAGUUUCGAUACUAAUUAUGGUAGCGACAGACGAGACUAAAAACCCGCAGUCACAAAUGUAACCUGAGGAUAUGUCCGGAGGAGUCGCCUCUGCGGUCGGAAGCGAACUGUGAAAGGCUUGAUGACGAGCUGUGCGCGAAAAAGUUACACAUCCCUGGAUUUCAGUGAUGUCCUGAAGACCUUUUUAUUUUCAAGACAUGAUGCUUAAUAUUAUGUUAACAUGUCCUGCUCAUUUUUACUUUGACGUAUGAAAUAUUAUUUUGCAAAAUGUUAAAAGUAUUACACAUCAAUGCAUAGACUUACCAUGCCUAAAUAUAUAUAUUGAGGAUUUUUACUUUGUGUAUAAUGUGUAUAUAUAUAUAUAACAUUUAUAUAAAGUUCUGUUGUAAUAAGUAAUAUGGUAAUAAAAUUUCGCCAACAGGUGGCAAUGUUAGGACAUUGUUACGCCCACAUUGACCUGCUCAGUACGGGACAUUCACCACAGAGACACAUUAAAGCCAAGAAGCGAUUCAA